AUGUCCCCUCGUAUCCUGCGCUCGUCGCUCUCGGCGCCCCUGCCCUCAACCGCGCCCUCCUCGCGCUCCGCCUUCAUCCUCCCCUGCAAGAAGCUCGUCGUCCAGUACUCGGAGAUCCAAGGCUCGAACCGCGGCAUGAGGGACUUUAUCGGUCAGGGAUUGCCGGUCGACAUCGCGCGGAGGUACCCUGGCGUCGAGGUCGUGGUCGAGCGGAGGGAGGCAAAGCAUCCGGUUUUGAGGGGCGUCUACAACAACGGCCGAACAAAGGAAAUCUGCGUCCGCAACCUACCCCCGAACUCGAUCCUCGCCAAAGCCCAACUCUUGCUCGACUCGUCCGGCCAAAAGAUCGUCUCGAUCAAGCGACCUGGAGUGGUCAGUACGACGGAGAGUGUCAGGGGCGUUUGGAGCGCGUUCCAUGAUGAGGUGCGGCAGGCGGCGUGA